AUGGAGGAUCUUUCAGGAGACGCUAUCGCAGCAGAAAUUAUUCAGGCUGUAAACCUCGCCAGGUCGGCUGAUAACCAAGCUGGAAAUGAGAAAGCUAUCUCCUACCUUGGUGUUGAGGAAGAACGCGGUGUAACUGUUGUUGGAUCGAAAAUGAAGCCUCGAUAUAUUGUUCUUUCGUAUGAUGAACAUACACACAUCUUCUACAUUCAUCGCCUGAAAGCAAGUGAUAAAGGAGGAAUGACUGUUGUGAGAAGUUGGCCUCUAUUUGAGUUACAAGGAAUCACCGUUAUUGACGAUCGAGAUGUUACAUUCACAAUUAAUAAACCCCACCUGCUAAGAAGCAACGAUACGGUUGCAAGAAAUAAAUUCAUUUUCUCACUUGCAAAACAAUAUAUGUACUACAUGGGUAGACCUCUGAGUGUUCUAACCACAGACGGUCGGAAAGUGGACUGGGCUUAUCGAAACUCUUUUAUAGAAGAAACAGCAAAGCCUUCUAAUACAGGAAAAGUUCGAAAUUCUUUACCAGAUACUACUUUAGCUGCACGAAGUCCUUCAUCUUCUUCUAAAAAUGGUCAUUUACGCAAUUUUUCUGAUGGACCCAUUGUUACAAAUUUAGAAACGGACCUCCCUUCGAAUGAAAAUGAGGAACUAUCCAGCUCUCUUCCAACCAAUACAAAAAGUAUUAAGGAUGAUCAGACUUCAGAAAGAAAACCCAUGUCUCAUACAAAGCUGAAACAUCAUGCAAGAACGCUUAGUAGCUCUAUCUCCGGUAAGUCUACUACCUCACUUCAAGAUUCUACCUUUCCUCAAAUAGAAGAGCCUAAUUCUGAGAAGAGCCCCAUAAAAAGGCCUUCUUAUAAAGAUAAUUUUAUACAGGAGCAAGCUCAAUUAUUUCCGCCAAAAUCCCCCCUGCGAAAGGGAGGGCGCAAAGAUGCAAGUCUCAAUACUGAUACAAAAAAGGAUGUAUUUCAAAGCAGAAAGAAAUCUACGCCUUCGUCUUCAUCAAGGGAUUUUUUUUCGCAAGACCCAAUGUCAUUGAUGGAUGAGAAGCCUUAUGCUAGUCGUUCAAAAGAACACAACGUUUUGUUAUCUGAUGAGCCUAACAUGAUUUUAAGUGAUUCAAGUGGUUUCAAUGAAAAUCCCUUUCAUUCAAACCUGGAUUCAGCUUAUAGUCAACUACCUUCGAUAGAAGGAUCAUCACCUAUUCGUGCUCCCUCUAUUUCAGCUAAAAGUUCUUUGAGGAAUACUCCGGCAUCUGUUCCCAAAAAAAUCAAUCAUUCUCCCUCUUCUGGUCUUCAGAUUCCAGCAAAACAUCCAUCUCGUCAAGGUUUACCAGUAAGUACAACGAACACGAGUGAUUUCAAUCUAUCAUCUUUGAGUUUCCAACCUUCCGAAUCACAAGACUUUACUGUUUCAGCUCGUCCAAAUUUAGGCACUGUAUCUAACAAUCAAGUCUCAAGUGACACUUCGCCUGUCCGGAACGAAUUGACCCCUGCUCAACGAGGCUCCAUCAUUGAAGAAGCUUACAAUGUGCAUUCCAAAAUUAGUAUAAAUAGCCUACCGAAGGAUGUGACGGAGGAAAUGUCUCAAUUGAAUUGGAGUAACAAAGCAACUUAUAAGGAUUAUUACGACUCUAUGGAAUCUCAGUUCAACACUUCAAUGAAGAAAAGUGUACAAAAUCUUGUAGAAGAGGAUGGAAAAAUGGAGAAAAUAAGGGAAAAUAUUGAUAACUGCGUUGCAGGAUGCGAUUCUUUAAGCUCGACGAUUAAUUUGUUUUCACUAGAACUUUCCGAGGCAUUAAACGAUAUUAUGACUAAUAAUCAACAAAUAAAGCACAGGUAA